AUGGUGACAAGGUUGAGCGUUUUUCUCAUAUUGUCUCUGUUCGUCCUGGUUCGAUCACCAGCAGCAGCGGUUCUUGACCCGGUCGAUUUCGUGGCGCUCCAAUCGAUCCGUAAAUCUCUGUCAGACUUACCGGGCUCGGAUUUCUUCUCACAGUGGGACUUCACCGGUGACCCAUGCAGCUUCCCAGGCGUCUUCUGUGCUGGAGACCAAGUCGUUGCGCUCGCCCUCGGCGAUCCCCGCGCCGGCACCCCAGGCCUCACUGGGCGCCUCGACCCUGCCAUUGGCCGUCUCUCCGCCUUAUCAGAGCUCUCCCUCGUCCCAGGCCGUGUCAUCGGCCAAAUACCAGACUCCAUCUCACUCUGCUCCUCCCUUCGCUUUCUCGCACUCAGUGGAAAUUUCCUAUCAGGCCCCAUCCCUCCCUCUUUCGCCUCCCUCCGCCACCUCCGAACCAUUGAUUUCAGCUUCAACAUCCUCUCCGGCGAGAUCCCUCCGUCGAUCUCCUCUCUUCCGGCGCUUUCCAACCUGGUCCUCUGCCACAACCAUCUCUACGGAAAGAUCCCAUCUUUCCCCUCAUCUUCUCCUCUACUCCGACUCGACGUCAAGCACAACAAUCUCUCCGGCGAACUCCCCGCUCUUCCCCUAUCAAUCCGCUACCUCGCUGUGUCAAGCAACGGCCUUUCCGGCCGAAUCGACGGCGUCAUCCCGCAGCUCACCGAUCUCGCUUACCUCGACCUUAGUAUGAACAUCUUCACCGGCCCCAUCCCUGCGACCAUCUUUAACCUCCCACUUUCAUCCCUCCGCCUACAACGGAACAAGUUCGCCGGCGCAGUGGUGCCCCCAACCGAUGUGAAGAUACCGGAGGUGGAUUUAAGCUACAAUCGCCUCUCAGGGGCCGUGUCGCCGUUGCUGGCGGCAGUGGGUAGAUUGUAUUUAAACAACAACCGCUUCACGGGGGAACUACCCGCGAGGUUUGCGGAGAGAUUGGAGGCGGCCGGAAUGGAAGUUCUCUAUUUGCAACACAAUUUUCUCAGCGGAAUGCAGAUGUCGCCGGCGGCGGAGAUUCCGAUGACGACCUCUCUCUGUCUCCAAUACAACUGCAUGGUCCCGCCGGUCGACGCGCCGUGCCCACUUAAAGCCGGGAGGCAGAAGACCAGGCCGGUGAACCAGUGUCCUGAGUGGCGGGUUUGAGGUUGGCUGACCCGGUUCGGUCGGACCGGAGAUUUCCUAGACCGGUUGCCGGAAUUUUGUUCCAUCUUCGGAUCUUCCCUUUAAUUAUUACUUUGUGGCAUUAUGUGGAAAUAGGUUAUUUGAUUAUUUGAUUAUUGUUAUUAUUUUGUUUGUCGUGUUAAUAUCAAUUUGUUGUGAGCAAAUAGUGAUCAUUUUUUUGCUUC